GUCAGGUUUCUAUAUAAUUAGGUAAAUAUAAGUUUUGGCAAACAUUUACAAAGGAACACAUUAUUAAGGAACUGCAGUGGACUAUGACAUUGUUAUUUACUAUUUUCAUGCUGUUUAGAAUAUUCUUUCCUACUGGUUCCAUGCUAAUAAUUUACAAGCAUUGUCUCCAGGAUACAAAGAAUCACGUGUUUGAGUGUGGAAAUCAAAGUCACAGAUCACAGAUUAUGGCAAAACAAAUCAAGCUCUGGCAAAGUGCUUCAUUGUGAAAAGUUUCAUUUGUUCAAUUCAAGCUUCGAAGCCUUUGUGUUGAGUGUCACACCCCUACUUUUCUCAUUUCCUCAUUUCCUCAUAAGGACUCCCAGACUGGGUAACAGCUUUUACCCCAAUCCACAGACACCUGCAUACUUCCAGUUCCUGUUGCAUUUUAUUUAUGUCCUCAUAAGACACAUCAGGAAACAGUUAAGACAGAAGUACUAUAUAUGUAUCUUUUUUUUGGUUAACCAAAAGUAAUUCAUGCAAAUUCAAGGGCAACUCUUAACAUAUAAUUUAAAUACUGGAAAGUCUAGAGGAGUGGUAACAACAUUCCGUAAAUUCCCAUAAAGUACAAGGCAGAGUAGAGAUCAAGAAGACAACAAAAUAUUACUUAUUAGGUUUGUUAAAAUUUAUCAGGUCAGUUUUGGUCGAGCUAUUCAACUAUUCAGCUAUUUUGGAUAAACUUUGAAACAGGUUCUUGCUUUACACAACACCAUGUCCUGCAAGCGGCACACACCCAGGAGUGAGGCAGUCAGCAAAAGUAUAUGGUUAGAGCUUUUGCAACUAACUGCUGACUACAAGGCUGUGAACCUGGGCCAAGGAUUUCCAGACUUUCCUCUAGCCAGCUUUGCUCAGGAGGCUCUCUCUAAUGCUGUCAAUGGAGGCUUUCAUAUGCACCAGUACACACGUGGUCAUGGGCAUCCACCUCUUGUCAAAAUCCUUGCCAAAUUCUUUGGGAGGAUUUUGGGCCGAGACAUCCAUCCCAUGGAGGACAUCCUGGUUACCAUGGGAGCCUAUCAGGCUAUUUUUUGUGCAGUUCAAGCUCUGGUUUAUGAAGACGAUGAAGUGAUCAUUUUAGAACCUUCCUAUCAUUGCUAUGAGCCCAUGACGCUAAUGGCAGGAGGAAAACCCAUCCAUGUGCCCCUCAAGCCUCGAAAAGUCACCGGUCCAACUGUGUCCAGUGCUGAUUGGGUGUUCAGUUCUGAAGAGCUGACCAGUAAAUUUAACUCUAAAACAAAAGUUAUUAUCAUUAACAAUCCCAGUAAUCCACUGGGCAAGGUAUUUCAGAGGGAAGAGUUACAGAUAAUCGCUGACCUGUGUAUAAAGCAUGAUGUUAUUUGUAUCAGUGAUGAGGUAUAUGAAUUGCUUACGUAUGAUGGAGCACAACAUAUUAAAAUAGCGACUUUUCCUGGCAUGUGGGAGCGCACUGUUACCAUUGGGACUGCAGGCAAGAUCUUUGGCGUCACUGGAUGGAAGGUGGGCUGGGCAAUAGGACCAAGACACAUCUUGGGUCACAUGCAAAAAAUCCAUCAGAACUCAAUACAGCAUUGUCCUACUCCAACUCAGGAGGCUGUUGCUGUGUGUUUUCAGAAGGAAUAUGAUGCAUUCGGUACAGAAGAAAGCUACUUCACACAACAACUCAUGCUGCUCCAGGCUAAACGGCUCAGGUUAAUUGAGUGCCUGAGGAGCAUCGGGCUGCAACCGUUUGUACCUGACGGCGGCUACUUCAUCGUCACAGACAUCUCCACCUUGAAAGUUGAUCUGGGUGAACCAAACACUAAGGAUGAACCUUAUGACUACAGAUUUGUUAAAUGGCUUAUCAAAGAGAAGGGUUUGAGCACUAUCCCUGUAUCUGCAUUUUGCAGCCCGGAACACAAGGCUGAUUUCCAGAACUACAUUAGAAUCUGCUUUGUGAAGGAUGACUCAACCCUAAAAGCAACUGAAGAUAUCCUGAGAAAGUGGAAAGAGGAAAAAAUACAGGAUACAGAUUCUGUCUGAGAUUUUCAAAGUAUAUAAAUGUUAUAUUGCAAUAUAAUGAUUGAUAAUCAAGCAAGUAGAAGAAUCUUGUCAUAUUAUAAUAUUGUUAAAAAAUAGAGGCUAUACUCAUGUUUUAAACUCAUGCAAAUAAACUCUUCUGGCAUGUAUAUAAUUUUAAAUAUUCUUAUAUUAAAGAUCUACAUCAUGGUUCCCAGUGACAUGCUGUAUAUCAGUCAUUCUGAAUAACAAUA